AUGAAAAUGGUUGGAUCAACGGUGAAUAUUGAUGUUAAACUCGUCAAAGUCAAACUGCGGUUUACAAAACGUAUCCAAGGAUUCAGGAGUCGAGUUGAACCAACAAAGGCGUACAAGCAACUGAUUCAACUACAAAUAGAGCAUUGGAACCAAGUAGGCAAGUUAAAGCGACAGUUUAAUAGACAUAUCAACAAACAUCCUUUCCACCCAAAAUACAAAACAAUACAAUGCAAGACACAUGUUCACCAAUGUGGAAGAGUUGAUGCAAAAUAUACCGAAGAAAUCACCAACCAAAACAUUGGAUAUUGGCUUGAUAUUCAAUUUGGGUAUAUGCUGCAAAAUGUAGAUACUGAAAAGACAAUUCAAUUUAAUAUUUCAGAUAAUACAUUAUUGUUUAAUGGUAACAAUCAAUCCAUGAUUAAUAUGGAUAUUGAGAUUGUUUUGGAUCUGAUUGACGGAAAUAAUAUUAUUGAAUGCAUGAAACAUCAUAAUUCAAAGUAUAUUGUUGAAAGUAUCUAUGAGUAUGCUAUCCUUGCAAAUAACACUGGUUGUUAUCAGGUCAUUGAUGUAUAUGAAACAAACCGUGUCAAUGUAUCAAUCAACAAUCCAGUAACUGUUGAUGCAAUACACAACACAGUAUACACAAUCAAUAAUAUGGUUGUUGACCCAUUCACAAUACUCGAUAAAUAUUAA